UCCUAUCGUACAAGCUGAAGAAAACAUGGCUACUGCCGGAUGGUUCGUCGGCAUGAUACUAGCUAUCGCAUUUCUCAUACUCGUCCUCAUACUGGUAUGCUUAGUGAAGCGUAACCGAGGCGGUAAGUACGUUGUACACGAGCGAGAAGCUGUAAACGGAAGACACGAUUACCCCGAAGAACUUGGUUUCCACGAAUAUUCGCAGCAGCUGGGUGGCGCUCCUCGUACCCGUGACUCAUUAAGUAGUGAAAAGAAACCAUCUCCGGAGAGUGAUACAGAUUCGAUGGCUGAGUUCGCCAAAGGUGAUACCGGUACAAUUUAAUGUUGGAUUGUUGGAAGUAUGAACCUGGGCAACGCCCAAAUUUCUCAAAUAUUGUUGAACGCAUAACAGAGUUAUUACCAAAUGUUGAGGUGGUCAACGAGUCGUCUGAUGAAUCUGAUUCAAAAAGCAUUUCUACAACAACCCCCACUGAAUUGGACAAAUUGAUUACAAACUGCUCACAUAAAGAGAACGAGUAUCUUUUAAGUUGAACAGUAAAUAUGAAAUCAUUGUUAGAAUAAUACCCAAGUAUGUAGAUUAAAUGUUAGGUUUCAAGAUAAGUAUUAAAAUUACAGACAUUUAGGCGUUCUAUCAUUUUUCCUCGUAUGAAUUAAUGUUGCAUCAGAAAUAGAAGGGUUGUAAUAAUGUGGAAAGGAAGACUCUCCAAGAAUCAUAAUGUACUUAGUAAUAACCCAGAUAGG